AUCAUACCCGAGGGCCAGGGCCUGUCAGCCAAUCAAAACGCGUACAGGUUAAAAAGGGGCGGGCCUUAGUCGGCACUCGCCUGUUUCUUCUUCUUCGGUGCAAGUCGGGUUUAACUUCCGGCUGCAUCGUCCUCUGGAAUCACAACCAUGGGCAGUGUGUUGGCUGCCAGUUCCCCCAACCCUCCACCCCCUGCCACCGGCGGUGCUCCUGCCCCCGGGUUGACGGUGCCGCCGGGCUUCGGGAUGCCUCCGGUCUCCCCUGUCAUACCCCCAGCAGCAGGACAGCAGGAGGAUGGAGAAAACCCUCUGCCCAACCCGGGAGCGUUUGAGGAGUGUCAUCGCAAAUGCAAAGAGGUUUUCCCGAUGCAGAUGGAAGGCGUCAGGCUAGUUGUCAACAAAGGCCUUAGCAACCACUUCCAGGUGAAUCACACUGUGAUGCUGAGCACCAUGGGCGAGUCCACCUACAGAUUCGGUGCCACGUAUGUUGGACCGAAGCAGACCGGUCCAGCAGAGUUUUUUCCAGUCAUGGUGGGAGACAUCGACAACAGUGGCAGCCUUAACGCUCAGAUCAUCCACCAGAUCAACAGCAGAGUACGAUCCAAACUGGCCUUCCAGACACAGCAGCAGAAGUUUGUGAACUGGCAGGGAGACGCCGAGUUCAAGGGAGAAGACUUUACUGCAACUGUGACACUUGGAAACCCAGACGUCCUCGUCGGCUCUGGUAUUGUCGUAACACACUACCUCCAGUCCAUCACGCCCUCUCUGGCUCUGGGAGGGGAGCUGGUUUACCACCGCAGGCCCGGAGAGGAGGGCACGGUGAUGUCACUAGUUGGCAAAUACACAGGCAGUAACUACAUCGCCACGCUGACACUCGGCUCAGCGGGAGCUCAUGCGUCGUACUACCACAAAGCCAACGACCAGCUGCAGGUCGGCGUGGAGCUCGAAGCGAGCAACCGCAUGCAGGACACCAGCAUGUCGUUCGCUUACCAGCUAGAUGUGCCUAAAGCCAAUUUACAGUUUAAAGGUUCAGUAGACAGUAACUGGGUCGUUGGUGCAACAUUAGAAAAGAAGUUACUCCCUCUGCCGCUCUCGCUCGUCCUCUGUUCUUUCCUCAACCACCGCAAGAACAAGUUCCAGUGCGGUUUCGGCGUCACCAUCGGUUAAAGCCACCCGAGCGCUGAACCACCUGCAGACGGGACUUCACAGAACGGACUAACUUACGAUGGAUGGACGGACUCUGCCAUGUGCUGUACACCUCAUACUGUCUCUGACCUCCUUUAGCAGAUUCGGCCAUGAUCUUGUAAUUGCUUUUCCUCAAUCACGUUUCAUCCAAUAUGCUGAGUAGAAACACUGAACGGUAAUAAUGUAACAAUCUAACGACUUUAAUCAUUUAAUCGCCCGAACUAUCUGAAGUGAAAUGAAGAAUGUGAUUGGUCAGGAAUUUGACGCCUGUGACGACAAACCAGUAGAAAGACGUGAGACGUUACAGAGCUCGUUGUUUCUGUCACUGAGUUUGUUGCCUGUUGUGUUUUUUUGUUUUGAGUUUUAUUCUUUUUUUUUUUUAACUGUAAAGUCUGUGUUGGCGUGCAGUGAAUGAAAUCAGUCUCGUUUGCUCGUUUCAAGGUGAUUCGUUGGUUGAAGACCGUCAGGAGGCGUGUGCUGUGCUGUCACAUUCACAAUCCAUCCCAUGUUCUGUUGCCUUUUUUAUGUUACGUACGUUUGGAACAGUGUAUAAGACCUGUAUAUACCUCUUGAAAACGGAUAAAUACCAUUUCUUACUAAA